AUGAAAAAUAGGUCCACGGGUUUCUCAAAAAAAAAAAAAAAGGAAGGUGGAUGGAUUGCGUGGAGAAAGGAGAAGAAGAGAAACGGUGGUGGGUUAGGGUAUUUGUCCACCACCUCCCUCCUAAUAUAUAACAACACCAAACACAAACACAAACACAAACAAGCAAUACGCUCUCUGCUCUCUCUUUUUCAUUGUCGUCCGUUUGUUUGGCUUGCGUCGCUCCCUUUCUAUCCAAUCCUCUCUUCGCAAAGCAAAUUGCAAGCUAGGAGAUUAUUACUAGAUCCUGCAAUUCAUGAAGAGUUUACACGUUUAAAGAAUUUGGUUGAGGAAAAGGAGAAAGAGCUGAAGGAGAAACAGGAUACUAUUUCUGCACUCAGUUUCACUCCACAAAGCAGGAUGGGUAAGAUGCUGAUGGCUAAAUGCAGGACUAUGCAAGAGGAAAAUGAGGAGAUUGGAAAUCUAGCUUCCGAAGGAAAGAUGCAUGAGUUAGCAAUGCAACUUGCUUUGCAGAAAUCUCAAAAUGCAGAACUCAGAAGCCAAUUUGAAGGACUGCACAAACAUAUGGAGGGGCUUACGAAUGAUGUGGAAAGAUCAAAUGAAAUGGUGCUUAUCUUGCAAGAAAAGCUAGAACAAAAAGAUCAAGAGAUUGAAAGGCUGAAGAAUGAGGCGCAACAAAAGAGCGUAAUUGAGGAGGAAAUGGAGGAAAAAACUGAUUCGGCUCCUAUCCAGAAAGAGAGAGAUGAAGAGAUGAUUGAUGGGGAAACCAACAACUGAAUUAUUCAAUGCAAUUUUGUAGGAUUUAAUUAAUUUAUUCCCCUUCCAUUUGUGAUUUGUACAUUAAAUAUUAAUGUAAUUCUUUUUGGUGACAUUAAUGCUUUUCAUUUUUAAUCUGCACCACCACCAGGUUAGUGGAUGAGGUAACA